GUCUGGAGACUCAGGGAGGCCAACUGGAGGCCAAGGACGAGGACACGGACACAGCCUGUGAGCCCAAGCUCCGGAGCUAGCACAGUCGGCCAAGCCCGGGCCCCAAGUGGUCACCUCCGGAGUCCGGGACAUAACCAGGGCUUGGCGCGACCUUGGACGCCCUGGUUAGCGCCCACCAAGGCUGCAGAGCCCCUACUGGGCGAAGCCGGCUUGGCUUCCCUCCCGCACCGGGUGGAGGCAGCGGGAGCAGACCGGUCGGACCGACGACACAGCUGGCAGGUCACAGGCAGGCGAGAGCCCUGGGCCAACUGGGAUCGCGACCUCGGAGCACUUUUGUGGGCGCGGAGAGCGGGGCUAGAGGCAGCGGCCAGGGCCACCCAAACUCCGGGGGCUUCUGCAGACCCGAGCGACCGCUGCCGGCGGGCUUGCGUGGCUCCCGCGCCUGACCGCCUGAUGGCUGCGCCGGAGACGUGUGGUGGGGACCGUGUGGCCUCUACCCUCCGCUACUGCAUGAUGGUCAGUGGCACAGUGGUACUGGUGGCCGGGACACUCUGUUUCGCCUGGUGGAGCGAAGGCGAUGCCGGUGCCCAGCUCGGCCAGCUGGCCCCACCGACCGAGCACCCUGUACCCGAGGCCCCCAGGCUCCUGCUCCGGUCAGUCAGCUUCUUCUGCUGUGGCACAGGCGGCCUGCUGCUGUUCCUUGGCCUGCUGUGGUCUGUUAAGGCCGGCACCCGAACACCACCCCGAUGGGACCCUUACCACCUCUCCAGAGACCUGUACUACCUCACUGUGGAGUCUGCAGAGAAAGAGAGCUGGGGGCCCCCGAAGGUGGAGGCCAUCCCUACAUACGAGGAGAACACGUGCUGCCCCCUGGCGGAGGGGCCAUCCCCACCACCUGAAUACCGCCUGGAGGAAGACCUGCAUAGCAGUGCCUCAGGAGGUGCCCUGCUUGGAACCCCGCCUCUUUCAACUCCACCCAGCUAUGACCUUGCUCUUGAUGCCAUCUCUGGAGAGACGCCCCGUGCUGCACCCUCCUGCCCAGGCCUGGGUCAGACUGCAGGGGCAGGAAGGUAGAGGCUCCCGGCAGGCCCCCAAACCAGAGACAAAAACGACCAGGUUUCCCAGUGCCUGGGACAUGGUAGGCACUCCACAAAGGUUGCCUAAUGCUGUUUUAUUGAUCUUUACUGUGUAACAAACCACCCCAGAAUUUAGUGCCUGAAAAUAAAUCCCUUUUUGUAAUGUCUCAUGAUU